UCUUCCUCCCAAAACCACAUAGAUCAGAUUCAUCAGAUUCAAACCCCCCGUCUCUCUCUUCUCUUUCUCUCUCUAAGCAAUGGAUCCAAAAAAAUCUUCACACACAUUCACUUUUCUAAUACUUCUCUCUCUCUUCCUCUAUUCUACUGUUGCUGAUGGAUCCUCUUCUGUGUUUUUCCUCGACAACCCGUCUCACCGUUACUUCCGUUCUCCUUCCUCCGAUGCUUCUUCUAAGAUUGGUUCCAUGGCUCUUUCCGAAGUUGGUGCUGCUAUAUCAGUCUUGCUUGGUUUUGCACCUCCUGUAACUCUCUCAGCUUCUAGUUCAUUGAAGUUGAAUGAAGUACUCGUACCAAAUCCAUUUGAUAGACCACGUUCUGUCGUCAUCCUAGAAGUUACCGGAGCUGAAGGGGUUUCUGUUGAGGCCCUCAGAAGCAAUGUAGUAAACGAAAAUAAAGCUGACAUUCAACUUCCAGAUGCAGAUGAAGUAUCUCUUUUUUCAUUGGAUGAACCAACAACAGAUGCUGAAUAUUCAGACAAAGAACUAACUGACUUUGCGUCAUGGUUGAGUGGUUCAUAUGUGAGUGGAGAGCUGACAAUUCCCUUGGAGGAUGAUGCAAAUUUGAAAUUUCAAUUGUCAAAGGAAGCAGAUCGGGAGUUUGUAACAAGUCUUGUUUCACUCACCCGUAAGAUUCAAAGAGCAAUCGAGAUGCACCAAGAUUUGGCAGGAGCUGUGCGCCGUCCUUCUGAGCUAAUUUCUGGAAAAUUUGAUGGACUUAAGGCUCUCAAAGAGCACUAUGGAGCAGAAGGUGUUGCAAAAGGAACCAAAUUGUUUAGUAUCGUAAUGUCGAAGAUGUUUGAUUCCUUAACUGAAGCCUAUAAAGGUCAAAUUGUUGGAGUCAUUGUCUGUAAUGGUACACCAUCAGUAGCAGAGCCAUUAUUCAAUGUCGUUUUCACUUCUCCGCCAACUGCCCGCUGGCUGGAGGAAACAAAAGCUUUACCAAAUACAACAGCUAUUGAAGAAAUUAUAUUGGUUAGACGAACUGUUGCAUGGGUUACAGGGAUCUUGCUUCUUAUUGCCACUCUAUUGGGAAUUUACUUCCUCCUCAACAUGCCACUCACAAGGGACACCCUUCUCUAUUCUAACGUGAAGCUCGACUAGAGUUUUACAGCUGCUGCAUUAAAUCGUCGGGACAUCAAUGGUGCAAUCUGCCCAUGAUAUUGUACAACUGUGAUUCUCUCUCAUUUCCUGUGAUUUAAAUUAUUUUGCCCGUGCCAAAUAUCACCUUAUAGCUGUAAUAAAGCUGGUUUCGCCUCCAGGUGAAAAGUUUGUAGCUUUAUAUAUGGAAACUUAUCCAUGGAAGAAAAUGAGUAGUGGGCUGUUGUAGUGAAAAGGGGUUUGGAACUGAUUAUGUCUUUGCUAUUGUGUAUUCAUUCAGAUUUUAGUAUGAAGUUUUAAGUUGUUGUACACCAAAACCAAAUAAUGGAAACUAGUGGCUGCUUCAAUAUUUUUGUUGAUGAAUAAGAUUUUAAAUUUUGACCA